UUAGUGAAUGUCACUUUUAAAAUUUUUGAAUUUCCCGCCAGUUCCGUUCCCCGUACAUCCCGACGUCGCAGGGAACGGAACCCCCCGGAAGACAAAUGCCGGCAUCGGCUGGAGGAGAUGGCCAGGGACGCUGCAGGGGGGACAUCGCGGGAGCGCAGGACAAGGUAAGUGAUUGAGGGUGAUAAUUAACCCCGAGCUACACUCGGGAAUACCGCCAGGGGGGUUAAUGCCCACAUACUGCCCAUUGGUGUCUAUGGGGGACAGAGGUUUGUGUGCUGGGAUCACGCUCGCUGCGCACCCCCAGCACAAGAGAAUGAUCUGUCAAAAACA